CUGCUACACCAUUUUCCACUUCCAGUAGACAUCAGCAUUGGACACUCGACAGUCUAGACUGUUUGGCUGAUCAGCGCUCCAAUUUUUCUUAAAUCUUAAGUGUAAUUAAUUCAUUACCAGUUAAAACUGUUUAAAAUUAAUAUAAUCAAUAAUGGCAACUAAACAACGUGUGUGUAUCAUUGGAUCAGGAAAUUGGGGUUCAGCGAUAGCGAAGAUAAUUGGAGCUAAUGCAAAGCAGCUGGACAAUUUCGAUGAUCGGGUGACAAUGUAUGUUUAUGAAGAAAUAAUAAAUGGGAGGAAAUUAACAGAAAUUAUUAAUGAGGAACAUGAAAAUGUCAAGUAUCUCCCAGGUCAUAAAAUACCCGAGAAUGUGAUUGCAGUUCCUGACGUUGUUGAAGCAGCAUCAGAUGCUGAUAUACUUGUUUUUGUAGUCCCUCAUCAAUUCAUUAAACGAAUAUGCAGUACUUUACUAGGAAAAAUUAAACCUACUGCUUGUGGAUUAUCUUUAAUUAAAGGAUUUGAUAAGAAAGAAGGAGGAGGUAUCGAGCUUAUUUCCCACAUAAUUGCAAAGGAAUUGAGUAUUCCAAUGGCUGUAUUAAUGGGAGCUAAUUUAGCUUCUGAAGUAGCUGAUGAGAUGUUUUGUGAGACUACUAUUGGAUGUAAAGAUAACGCGAUGGGCGCAAUUUUAAGAGAUAUGAUUCAAACUCCAUUUUUCCGAGUGGUAGUUGUUGAUGAUGUUGACUCAGUCGAAUGCUGUGGUGCACUUAAAAAUAUUGUGGCUUGUGGUGCUGGUUUUGUUGAUGGAAUUGGACUUGGAGACAAUACAAAAGCAGCUGUAAUUCGAUUAGGGCUUAUGGAAAUGAUAAAAUUUGUAGACGUGUUUUAUCCUGGAGGUAAACUAAGUACAUUCUUUGAAAGCUGUGGUGUAGCAGAUCUUAUUACAACAUGCUAUGGUGGACGAAAUCGUAAAGUGUCUGAAGCCUUUGUAAAAACAGGAAAGAGUAUUGCUGAACUAGAGCAAGAAAUGCUCAAUGGACAAAAACUCCAAGGACCCUUUACUGCAGAAGAAGUCAAUUAUAUGCUCAAAGCAAAGAAUAUGGAGGCACGAUUUCCUCUGUUUACAGCAAUUCAUCGAAUUUGUAUCGGUGAUUUAAGACCGGUAGACCUUAUCGACUGCAUACGAAAUCAUCCCGAACACAUGUUUGACGGUGAUGAGAAUCUACCACCAAAGUGCCAUCUUUAAGUCAUUCAAGAGUGAAGAGUUUAUAGAGAAACUGAUUUUCAAGUGAACCAAAUGAAGAAGAACAAUAAAUAUAUUUUUCAUAUGUAGGUGAAAUGACUAAUUUCAUCUAUGCCAUUAUAAAAAAAAUUUUUUAAUUCUUUAUUGAUGAUUUUUUAUGUUAUUGAUGAUUAAAAAUUAUAUUUUCUUUUUA